UCAGUCUUCCAUGUUUUUUUUGUUUUUUUUACUUUUGUAAGGGUGGGGGAACCCUGGGAGUUUUGCUAGAUAUUUCAAAAGAAACCUGGGAGAGGUUUAGUCACUACAAGAGUGUGGUACAACAUAUCUCAGCCAUGCAAGACAGAACUGUUUUGGUUAUACCUCAGUAGGCUCUGACAGCUCAGAAUUUGAGUAUACAAGAGGUCUAAAAUAGGUUCCUGUCAGGGACUCUGUGAGAAACUUUGACAGGUUAGGGGUGGUAAUCUACAAGGUUUAGCAGCCAGACAGAAGGAAGAAAGAGCAGAUCUAUUACAUAAACUUGGUAAAGUCUUUAAAGAUAGAGAAUACCUUUUGGCCAUGGGAGAUAGCCCCCAAAGAUUAGGAAGGCUUAGCCCAGCAGAGGUGAGAGAGUUUCUGCAGCAGGAUAAGAAUCUCAGGUUGCAGGAGGCUCUGACGAAGAGGAAUUUCUUGAAACGCGUUACCCAGUCUACGUCUUCAUGGAGGUAGUCCAAUGUCACGUGGACAGUUUUUAUGGACCUAUGUGAAGGAAUUUUUUUAUAUGCUUUUACCAAGUCAAUGUUUGUGAGUAUGAUACUUACCUUUGUAUCAAAUAAAUAACUGUUUAUUGAGGAUAAUGUGCUAGGUCCACACACCUUCUGUUUAUUUUCCUGUUCCAGAGUUUUGGAUUCCCCAAUCUGUGGAGAGCAGCGAGAAGUGCAAUAUCCAACAAUUAGAGUCAAAGCAGAGAGUGCAUGGUCAUGUAGAGGCACAUUACACAGCGCAGGAGAUUGAUUGGUUCUGUUUUUGGAUAGUGAAUGCAGGGUCCUAGGUUUAGAAACACUUUAAGAGUUUUUUUAAAGGAAAAUAAAAAUAAAGAAUAUAAUACAAUUAUCUGUUGUUAUAAACAUGGCAUGAAAUCCCUAGUAAUCCUGUAGCCAGGAGCAAACUUAAAUACAGAGAAAUCAUUUGUAAGGAGAUUACCUGUAUUCCCACAAUGCACUGGUGUAGUGGGGGAUGCAUGGAAACUCUGAUCAGAUGCUAAAGGAAGGAACACACAGAUGACACCGUACACUGGCUCAUCAUGAAUAAUGGAGAGGGCAUAACGUUACACCAGUAUCGUCUUAUUAGGUUUCAUUGUUACCAGAGUCACAUUUUGAACUCUGUUUCCAAGUGCAGUUGGACUUUUGGAUCAUCGGUUUAUUUUACUAUGAAACGUCAACUCAACAAAAGCAUUUGAUUUGAUCAGCAUUACAAUUUAAGAUUUGUGAAGAAUAACACUGAGCUGCAUUCACCAUGCCUCCGUUGCUGCCUGCACAAGAAGCAGCUAAAAUAUACCACACCAACUAUGUUCGCAACGCUCGUGCCAUUGGUGUCUUGUGGGCCGUAUUCACUAUAGUCUUCUCCGUUAUCAUGGUGGAAGUGUUCAUUCAGCCAUAUUGGAUUGGAGACAGCUUGAAUACACCUCAAGCUGGUUACUUUGGACUGUUUAGCUACUGUAUAGGCAAUGCAUUGACCUCAGAGCUCAUCUGCAAAGGAGGCGCCUUGGACUUUGAAUCUGUACCUUCAGGAGCCUUCAAAACAGCCAUGUUUUUUGUAGGAGUGUCAAUGUUUUUGGUGGUGGGCUCCAUGCUGGCAUUUGGCCUUUUCUUCUUCUGCAAUUCAGCAACAGUGUACAAGAUCUGUGCAUGGAUGCAGCUGGCUUCAGCUGCCGGCUUGAUGAUUGGCUGCCUUAUUUACCCUGAUGGGUGGGACUCUGCAGAAGUGAAACGCAUGUGUGGGGACAAGACUGAUAAAUACUCACUAGGAGCAUGCACAAUACGCUGGGCAUAUAUCCUAGCUAUCAUUGCCAUUCUGGAUGCCCUCAUUCUCGCUUUUUUGGCCUUUGUCCUUGGGAACAGACAAGAUAGUUUGCUGCCAGAGGAUUUCAAGAUCCAGAGCAAAGAAGAUGAGGGUGGCUGAAAAGAAAUGCAGCUCAAGAACAUGUCGAGCUGUGUGUUAUGUAUGUAUGUAGUGGACAUAACCUUGGAGUUAACACAUUCGCUGAGUAAGAAGAAAAUACAGGAAGUGAAAUGUG